AUUAUUUUUGUUAGCUUAGAGUCAUCACCGUAGAAUUGCUCUUCUCCCAAGUCCAAUCCAUCUGCUUUCCAGCCUCAUGGAAAAGCGAGAAGAGGUCCACGUUCCGGUCGCUGGCGGUAACCCCAUGCGUCCAUCCGCGGAGGCCCAACGCGGCCGGGCGGUACGCUCACCGCCAACAGCGGCGAGAGAGGGGAGGAGGGUCUUCUUACCGACUCCCGACGCACCCCAACCGUAACAAAUUAACAUCAAAACAAAAAUAGUAAGCCCGCCUCGUGUCUCACCCCCUCUUCAAAACCUUCAACGGUCUCUCUCUUUCCCUCUCUCUUCCUUUCCGUUCCCCCAUCCGCCCUUAUUAACCUUCUCCACUCCGUCAUUCUUGUCUUCGUUUAUUUUUAUUCACAUUUUGCCCCCUUCUUCGCCCCUCGAUAUCCUCUCCCCUCUCUUUUUCUCCCUUUGAUGGUCUCAUUUUGCUCCGUCUGGCGGAGGGACGGAUCUGUGAUUCGAUUUUAGGUUAGGAAUUUUUUGGCUGGCUUGAUCGGAUUUGUCGUUGUUCUUCCUUGGCGUCGAUGGCUGCUCCACCUGCUAGGGCUCGGGCAGACUACGAUUACCUCAUCAAGCUCCUCCUGAUCGGCGAUAGCGGUGUUGGUAAGAGUUGCCUUCUAUUGCGUUUCUCAGAUGGGUCUUUUACCACCAGUUUUAUCACUACAAUUGGCAUUGAUUUUAAGAUAAGAACCAUUGAGCUGGAUGGCAAACGUAUUAAACUACAAAUCUGGGAUACAGCCGGGCAGGAACGGUUUCGAACAAUCACAACAGCUUACUAUCGUGGAGCCAUGGGUAUUUUGCUUGUUUAUGAUGUUACCGACGAAUCAUCUUUCAACAACAUAAGGAACUGGAUUCGGAACAUUGAACAGCAUGCUUCUGAUAAUGUAGUCAAAAUUCUUGUCGGCAACAAGGCUGACAUGGAUGAGAGCAAAAGAGCGGUGCCAACCUCCAGGGGACAAGCACUUGCUGAUGAAUAUGGCAUUAAAUUUUUUGAAACGAGUGCAAAGACAAAUCUAAAUGUGGAGCAGGUCUUCUUUUCAAUAGCUAGAGAUAUCAAGCAGAGGCUUGCAGAAAGUGAUAACAAACCUGAGGAGCGGACAAUUAAGAUCAACAAACCAGACCAGGCAGCUGAUGAGGCUAAAGCUCCUGAAAGAUCAGCUUGCUGCGGUUCUUAAAAAUCUUUUUCCUGUGCGCAGGAGGGGUAGGUUGGACAGUAUUGACUUUAUGGGGAACUAAUUUGGUUGUCAUAUACAUAAUGAUUGUGGGGAUAAUAAUGGUGGCGGGUGCUUAUACUUUCAGUCUUAUCAAUUCUUUUCAACCAUUGGUUUUAGUGUGAUACUUAGACUUCUUGGUGGUUGGGAGAUUGAUAUCACAGACACUGGUGCAAGGCAUAUGCUAUAUGCAUGAUGAAUCCUUUGGUAAAUAUCUGCAAACAAUUGUAUAGUGCAUUAGUCAUA